AUCGCAGCCGCAUCGACCGCAUCACGAUUGCAUCGGCUGGGCUCUGUUGCGCUUCGCCUCACCCUUGCGGCCUCUCACCAGGACAGCCGAAUCCGGACGGCACAAGGCGCGCUCGCCGUUGCACCAGUCGCUGCCCUCAUUGCACUCAUUGCCAGCCACACUUUUCGCGCUUGCGCAUUGCGCCCCUCAUCCCAGCACCAUCUCCUGUCGCCAUCUCCCAUCGUUGCUGCUCAUCUCGCCUGUCUGCUGCUGCUGCUGCCGCCGCUAUUCGGCUCGGCAACCGUCGCAUGUCUUUGCCAGCUCCAGCCCGCCCCUGCAAGCCCCAUUUCAACGAGAGCAUCCGGCCCUGUCCUUUGCACCUUGUUUGCUCGCCAAUGCUGCCGCUGAUGCAGGCGCUUUCUCUUGUGCUGGUCCUGCUGAUGCAGUUCCUCCCAGUCGCCAGAGCACUUGCAGGCGACUGCUUUGCGCUCACGAGCGACAACAUUUGCGGCCCUGAGUACGCCGGAUUCUACAUCAACCGGGCCUACCCGCUGCCCAGCGUCACCAACAUCCCCGAUACCACCGCCAACUUCAGCAGCUACAUCAACACGACCUUUGUGAACACCAGCGCCGUAACCGAGGUGUUUGACUCGCAGAAAGGAUGCGGUCCCGGCGUCCAGGUUGCCAUUCAGUUCGAGCUGCGCUAUCAGAUCUCGUUCUGGUGCAGCUGGAUUGUGCAUGACAACAUUGCCAAUGAUGCCUUCCAAUGCCCGCCGCCAUCGAUACCACAAAACAACCCAUUCCUGUGCGCCCCUCAGUGCGCACUGGCCGCCUCGUCGUUGCAACAAGUCCUCAGCGACCCCUCCGUCUGUCCAAGCUCGUCGAAUGAAACCAUUGUACAGGCCCGAAGCAGCAGCAUCAGCAAGUUUCAAACGUUUUGCUUGCUCUCGGCCAACAGCUCCAGUCCGGCCUCGUGCAAGCAGCCAGUGCCGAUGGAGGCUCAGUUCUGCGGAUUCCGAGAUGCACAGGCCCUAGGUGUGUGGUGCACUUCCAACCCCGGCGACAGCUGCUGUACCGGUCCAAACUCAAGUUCAAACCCAGGCCAGGGACCCAAUGCGACCGUCGGCCCUGGCCCUGGUCCCGGCCAGGGUCCAACCCCCUCCUCUGCAAAUCUGGCGGUUGUACUCGGCUGCAGCUCCGUCGCAAUAGCAGUCGUUGCCGGCGUGGCACUCUAUGUACACAUGCGUCGACGAGGCCGGCCAAGCUGGCCGAGAUCCAAGAUCGGCGCCAGGCCAACUCUUCGAUACAGUAUGAGAGCAACUGUCCCAAGCACGAUCGGCCCCAGCAACCAUUCGUCGCUUUCGCGCGUAUCCUCGGCUAUGGCUCUGUUGAGAAAGCCCACGUUCGAGACCGUUGCAGAAGCCGAGCUGACACCCCGGUCGGCAACGCCAUCCGAGACCGAGUCGGAAGCCCAGUCGGAGGCUCCAUCAGAAACAUCGGGAUACAGCAUCCCAUCGGUCACGACCCCCGGUGUGGAGACGCCGAUCAUGUCGGUCGACAACUUCAGCAUCAGCCAAAGCCCAUUCAUGACGGCGGCCAUGGAGCGGGCCUGGAUACCAGCCAAGCCGCGCGACUCGCCGAGGCUGUACAAGGUACACCAGGCCUACCAGUCGCAAAUGGCCGACGAACUCUCGCUGCAGGCCGGCCAGGACGUCAUUGUGCUGGCGGCAUACGACGACGGAUGGGGCCUGGGGCUGCUGCCGGGGACGAACAAGAAGGGUGUCUUCCCACUCUGCUUCGUCGGAACGCCCACCGCAUUUGAAUCCCGCGCGGUCCCGAGGACCAAUUCCGCCCGCUCGAGCUCGAGCGGGGCCUUGCCUCUUGCGAGGAAGGGGAGUGGGACUGGAGCGACAAGGCAGUGACCCCGCUGAACGUCACCGACGACGACGACGACGACGACGACGGCUCCCACGGCCGAGUCAGCGCACCAGGAGCGACGACAUGCUCGCCGCAGCCGACAAGUGGCAGGCCGAGGCCGUUGCGACGCUGUUCCGACGACCAUCAACCUUCACGCAGCCGAAAGACACCUUUUGCACCAGAAAUCCAGGAGCCGCGCGAUGGCGCUCGCGCUGGCUGCCUCAAUCUUGCACCAUAUCCGCCUUGAACUUGCAUUUUCACCCGCUGUAUCCUCCUGCAUUUCUUUGGGGCUCGUGGGCCCACCCCCCUCCUCCACCAUGAUUCCUUGCUUGUUCUGCCUGCUUGCUCCUUGGUCUCCGAUGGUGAGACUGCGGGCGCAAGGCAGGGAAUAGACAUUGCACAAAGCCCGAAACAGACCGGCCUUGGCGACGUUACCGCACGCGUUGCAUGUUUGGCGCAUGU